AGAUGAAAACAAUCAAAAAACUCUUUAAAAAUUAACUUUUCCUGUUCUCACCAUGUUCUCGCAAUACUUGGAGGAAUUCGAGGUAGAAGAGGUAUCCGUUGAAACCUUCAUUGAACGCCUCACAAAACGAAGUCAAGCUGAUUUCGACAUCAAUUACAUCAACGGCAACACCGAAAUCCUCUGUGAAUUCUUCAUCCAGACAAUAAACGACCUGAAAAUCCUCAAGGAACGCACAGAACGAAAAUGCGUAACGCUCGAAGAGGCUUUUCAAAACGAAAAAAAUGGACAUCGACAGCAACUGGAGUCAUUAGAGGAUCGACAACACGCUGCGAUCGAAUUAUUUCGCCAACUCGACGAAAAAAUCAACUUGGUAGCUGGAAAAAUAAUCCAUUUGGGCGAACAACUCGACAACAUCAACAUUCCCCGUCGCAGAGUAAGCGAGGCGCAGACCCUUUUAGGCUAUAUAAUUGAAUUUUUGGCUGCCGGAACGCUCAGCUUGAACACAAUUGCGAUUUUUAACGACGCAACGCGAUUAUUUGAGGCUGCCGACGCCAUCCAGAAGCUUUAUUUGAUCGCGCAGGACCUUCCGGAGGAGAAAUUUUCCACUUUAAAGAAGAAUAUCGACUUGAUGUACGACAAAAUUGAAAAAGACCUCAUUGAACGCUUCGCUUCCGCACAUCACGCCGGAAAUAUCGAAGAAAUGAAGAAAAUCGCAAAUGUCCUCAGCAACUUCAAAGGUUACUCGCAAUGCGUCGACGUGUACAUCGAACAAAGUCAAGACGUAAAUUACUCCGGAAAGGACAUUUUUGACAGCGUUUUGCCGCUGUGUCAGCGAAAUUAUGCGAUAAUCGAGCAAGUCUUCUCGAACCCCAAUCAGGUGAUGUCAAAGUUCAUUUUGAACAUUUAUCAGCUGAAAAUCAACCAAUAUGCGCAUACCCGGCUCGAUGAUCGCCGUGACGAACGAAAAUACCUGAAAACUUUGUACGAGCUCUACGUAAGGACCCUGAAACUCUCCGCCGACAUCGGAAAAAUCAAGAUGAACCUCGAAGAUGACUUGCUUAACAAACUUUCGCAGAACAUUUUCGCCAAAUAUCUUCGGGACAUCCACGAAAUCGAGAUACGAACUCUCGAUAAUUUCUUCCAGAACGAGUUGCGGAAAUUUUACGAGGCCAAAAAGCACAAUAAGCGACCCACGGAACGAUUUUCGGAGCUGAAACGUGAUAUGCAGGCGUUAAUUAGCACAAAAGCGAACAUUAACAUCAGCCAAAUCGACGAUUUUGGCGGCGAAACGUUUCUUUCGGAGGAAUUGGCGAUCGCAAUGCUGCAAGAAUACUCGCAGGCCUUUGAACGGUGCAAACUUUUCUCGGAUGAGCAACAAUUUUCGAAAAAUGUACUUGAAAUGACGGAUGUUUUGUUGCAUUAUCUGCUCCAUGAUCACAUUUGUUACGCUUUGGACAUCGGAUUGCAGGCCAUUCCGUUCGCCGAGAGCAAAACCCCGCCCGUUAUCUACUUUUUUGACGUCGUUCACAAGGCAAAUACGAUAGUUCACUUGCUGGAAUCGACUUUUAAUGCCAAUAUCGCGCCUUAUAUGCUCUCAAAUGCGACUUUGCUCGAAUGCACGAACAAAAAACGCAACUUUCUCGAGACCAUCAACAAUAAAAUCAACAAUGGACUCGAUCGGGCCUUGGGAGUUAUCAUCGGUUGGGUCAAAUUCACGCUCCAGAACGAACAGAAAAAGUCAGAUUUCAAACCGGAGACGGAUACCUUCGAUACAAUUGCUUCGACCGCGUGUCGGGCAGUCGUUCCGUACAUCGAAACGUCGAUCGGACUCAUGAAAAAAUCAAUUGAUGGCGAAAAUUUGACCACAAUCCUCGGGGAAUUCGGGUUUCGGCUUCAUCGAUGCUUGUUUGAUCACUUGACGCAGUUCCAAUACAACACAGUCGGUGCGAUGUGCGCCAUUUGUGACAUCAACGAGUACCGGAAGUGCGUUAGAGCACUAAAUAAUCCCCUCGUAACGCAACUUUUUGAUAUUUUGCACGCCCUUUGCAACCUUUUGCUCGUAAAACCGGAAAAUUUGCUCGAAGUUUGCUGCGGCGACGCCUUAAAUUGCUUGGAAAAGUCCGUUGUGAUGAAUUUCAUUCAGCUCCGAAGUGAUUACAAGACGAUAAAACUCUCAAACACACUGAAAGGAAUUUAAAU